CCAUAAUCAGAGUCAACUUAACUGCAAAAAUGAGGUCCCUGCUACCCAGGACCCUCCUGCUGCUGCUCGCGGGGGCCCUGGCCCUGACCGAGACCCGGGCGGGCUCCCACUCCCUGAUGUAUUUCAUCACCGGCGUGUCCCGGCCCGGCCUCGGGAAGCCCCGCUUAAUCGCCGUGGGCUACGUGGACGACACGCAGUUCGGGCGCUUCGACAGCGACGCUGAGAACCCGAAGGCAGAACCGAGGGCGCCGUGGAUGCAGCAAGUGGAGCAGGAGUACGUGGACAACCACACACAGCGUGGUAAAGAAGCGACACGCUCUAACAUUGUGUACCUGAACACCCUGCGCAGCUACUACAACCAGAGCGAAGCCGAGUCUCACACACUCCAGAAGCUGUACGGCUGCGAAGUAGGGGCAGAUGGACGCCUCCUCCUCGGGUACUGGCAGUGGGCUUAUGAUGGCGCUGACUACAUUGCCCUAAAUGAGGACCUGCGCACCUGGACUGCAGCUGACGCAGCAGCUCAGAUCAGCAAGCACAAGUGGGAGACUAGAAGUCAUGCUGAGGACAUCAGAGCCUAUCUGGAGGGGGAGUGUGUGAAGUCUCUGCGCAGAUUCCUGGAAUUGGGGAAGGAGACGCUACAACGCACAGACCCACCCACAGCACAUGUGACCCACCACCCAGUCUCUGACCAGAAGGCCACCCUGAGGUGCUGGGCCCUCGGCUUCUACCCCAAGGACAUCACACUCACCUGGCAACGAGAUGGGGAAGACCUGACCCAGGACCUGGAGAUGGUAGAAACCAGGCCUGCGGGGGAUGGAACCUUCCAGAAGUGGGCAGCUGUGCUGGUGCCUUCUGGAGAGGAGCAGAGAUACACGUGCCAGGUGGAGCAUGAGGGGCUGCCUGAGCCCAUCACCCUGAGUUGGGAGCCUCCUCACCCCACGGUGCCCGUGUGGGGAGUCAUCGCUGGCCUGGUUCUCCUGGCAGCUGUGCUCAUUGGAACAUUAUUAAUUUUCUUAGUCAUAUUUGAAAAAGAAAAUUGA